UUGUGGUUCGCUCGCGUCUCUCUCCUUCAGCGCGCAAGCAAAAUCUGCUCUCUGCUGUGUGUCCAUUUGCCUUCCAAAAUCCCAAAAGCUGAGAAGUAGACGACGAGGCGAAGAAGAGAUGCAGUGUUUGUUUUCGCAAAUUCUCCCCCAUUGCGUCUCGGUCCACCGCGACCCCCCGCGAGCCCUCGCGAAUUGUCGGUACCCUGCAAGAUUCGCCCGCCUUCGCCGGAGCCGACGGAAUCGGCUAGGCGUCUUUCUUCCGGUUGGCAAUCUUCGCCUUUCGGUUGCUUGUUGCAAGCAGGAAUUUUCGACGGAUGGGGAAGGGGCCGGGAAGAUGGCGGUGAGGCAGCGGGCUUAUCCCUUCCACGAUAUCGAACCCCGGUGGCAGACGUUCUGGGAGGAGAAUAAGACGUUUCGCACACCAGAUGAAGUCGACAUGUCGAAACCGAAGUAUUAUGUGCUCGAUAUGUUCCCUUAUCCGAGUGGAGCUGGAUUGCAUGUUGGACACCCCCUUGGAUAUACCGCCACUGACAUACUUUCCCGAUACAAGCGUAUGCAAGGCUUCAAUGUCCUCCAUCCGAUGGGAUGGGAUGCAUUUGGGUUACCUGCAGAACAAUAUGCAAUUGAGACAGGUACUCAUCCGAAAGUGACGACCUCCAGAAAUAUUAGACGAUUUCGUUCUCAGCUGAAGUCUUUAGGUUUCUCUUAUGAUUGGGACCGUGAGAUAUCCACGACAGACCCAGAGUACUAUAAAUGGACACAGUGGAUUUUUCUUCAACUGUUGAAAAGGGGACUUGCAUAUCAGGCAGAAGUGCCGGUAAAUUGGUGCCCCGCACUUGGCACAGUGUUGGCAAAUGAGGAGGUGGUGAAUGGGGUGAGUGAGCGUGGAGGUCAUUCUGUGAUCAGGAAGCCAAUGAGACAAUGGAUGCUGAAGAUAACUGCAUAUGCUGAUCGCCUUCUUGAGGACCUGGAUAGUCUGGAUUGGCCUGAAAGCAUUAAAGAAAUGCAACGGAAUUGGAUUGGUCGAUCAGAGGGAGCUGAAAUGGACUUCUAUGUGCUUAACUCUGAUGGAAAGAAAAGUGAUCAAAAGUUAACUGUCUAUACAACCCGGCCGGACACUAUCUUUGGGGCAACGUACCUGGUUGUAGCUCCUGAGCACCCUUUGUUGUCAUCAAUUGUUUCUGAUACUGAAAUAAAAAAAGUAGAGGAGUACAAAAAUCUAGCCUGUAGUAAAAGUGACCUUGAGAGGACAGAGCUUCAGAAGGAUAAAACUGGUGUUUUUAGUGGUUCUUAUGCAAGAAACCCAGCUACACAUGAAGCAAUUCCUAUAUGGGUUGCAGACUAUGUCCUGGGGAGUUAUGGUACUGGAGCAAUAAUGGCUGUACCUGCACAUGAUUCUCGAGAUCAUGCCUUUGCUGUCAAGUAUGAAAUUCCAAUACAUUGGGUUAUAUCAUCAGACAAAAUUAGUAGUCCUGGAGAACCUUAUUCUGGUGAUGGAACUGUAGUGAACUCAUCAAGUGCAAGAUCUGGACUUGACAUCAAUGGUCUGGCCAGUGAAGAAGCUGCUGAAAAAGUCAUCAGCUGGGCAGAGAGUACUGGGAAUGGCAAAAGAAAGGUAAACUACAAAUUACGCGAUUGGUUAUUUGCACGGCAGCGCUACUGGGGCGAACCCUUCCCUGUCAUGUUUUUGGAUGAUUCUGAUGAAAUAGUUCCAGUUCCAGAAAGUGAGCUGCCAGUUACAUUGCCUGAAUUGGAUGAUUUCAACCCGACGGGAACAGGAGAACCACCACUAGCAAAGGCAAUUUCUUGGGUCCAAACUGUUGACCCUGUGACUGGAAAUCCUGCAACACGAGAAACAAGCACAAUGCCCCAGUGGGCUGGUUCUUGCUGGUACUAUCUGAGAUUUAUGGAUCCAAAAAAUGCAAAUGAAUUGGUUGAUAAGUCAAAAGAGAGGUACUGGAGCCCAGUUGAUGUUUAUGUUGGCGGUGCCGAACAUUCUGUUCUUCAUUUACUUUAUGCUAGGUUUUGGCAUAAGGUCCUCUAUGACAUUGGUGUUGUUUCCACAAAGGAGCCUUUCCAGUGCCUUAUAAACCAGGGUUUGAUACUUGGAGAAGUAGAAUACACCGCCCUGAGAGACCUGGAAGGAAAGCUUGUAUCUGCUGACAGUGUUGAGGAUGCUUCUCAAUAUAAACAAGAAAGGGUUCCAAUUGAAAAGGUUACAAAAUCUGGUGAUUUUUAUGUACUGAAAGGUGAUCCAGACAUACGAUUGACAGCAAAGGCUCACAAAAUGAGUAAAAGUAGGGGCAAUGUCAUUAAUCCUGAUGAUGUUAUUGAUGAAUAUGGAGCAGACUCUUUACGCCUGUAUGAAAUGUUCCUGGGUCCUUUAAGGGACUCCAAAACAUGGAGUACUACUGGUAUUGAAGGUGUCCAUAGGUUCUUAGCAAGGACUUGGAGGUUGAUUGUCGGACCUCCGUCACCUGGCGGUUCUUAUAAUAGUGGAACCACCGUAACAGAGGAUGAACCAACACAAGAUCAGCUCCGCGCUCUUCAUAAAUGCAUUGAUAAGGUAACUGAGGAAAUACAAGAAACACGCUUCAAUACAGCAAUUUCUGCACUGAUGGAGUUCGUUAAUGCAGCUUAUAAGUGGGAUAAACACCCAAGAUCAGUUAUGGAAGCAUUUGUUUUGUUGCUUUCACCUUUUGCACCUCAUAUGGGGGAGGAACUCUGGAAUCGUCUGGGCAACUGCAAUACACUGGCAUAUGAGUCUUGGCCUAAGGCAAUGUCCGAGUACUUGGUCAAUGAAAAGAUUGUUCUUCCAGUUCAAAUCAAUGGGAAAACAAGGGGUACACUGCAAGUUGAACCAGAAAUUACCGAGGAUGAAGCUUUUAUGCUCGCUGCCCAAGAUGGUAAACUUUCUAGAUAUUUAAAUGGUGGCGUUCUGAUAAAAAAGAAAGUGUACGUUCCUGGCAGAAUUUUAAAUAUCAUUGUUCAGCAACCUAAGUAGAAAUGCUAUACUAGAUACCGUUUUUCUUUUUCUUUUUUUCCCCAUUUUUUUUCGGGGGCGAUAUUUUCUCGCUGUAUGUACUAGAUGAGUCAUGUUUUGAGGAACUUCAUGCAGCCAAUUUUUGUAAAGAUACUGCGAGAACAGCUUGCUUGACAACCAAUAAAAUGUAUUUUGUCUUCUUUCCCCA